AUGUUUGGGAUGAACCGUUCUUGUACAGACAAGGCAAGGAUGGUUUGUUCAGAAGGUCAUUUCGCUGCAUUCAAAACGGUUUCUAAAGUCCUCCAAGCAGGGUUCUGGUGGCCGACUAUGUUCAGGGAUGCUCAAGCCUACGUAGCCAGGUGCGAUGCAUGCCAGCGACUUGGGAACAUCAGCAAGAGGAAUGAGAUGCCUCAGAAUUACAUUCUAGAGGUUGAGGUAUUCGACUGUUGGGGAGUCGAUUUCAUGGGACCAUUCCCUGCGUCCUUCAAGAACGAGUACAUCCUUGUCGCCGUUGACUACGUCUCUAAGUGGGUAGAAGCAGUGGCAAGCCCUACGAACGAUGCAAAAGUGGCGACUAAGAUGUUCAGCUCAAUCAUAUUCCCAAGGUUCGGAGUGCCUAGGGUCGUAAUCAGCGAUGGUGGAACACACUUCAUCAACAAGGCAUUUCAGGGCCUUUUAAAAAAGAAUGGAGUGAACCACAAGGUGGCAACUGCUUACCAUCCACAGACGAGCGGACAGGACUGGUCGCUUAAGCUGGACGAUGCGCUAUGGGCCUACAGAACAGCCUACAAGACGCCGCUAGGAACGACUCCAUACCACCUGGUGUAUGGUAAAGCAUGUCACCUACCCGUCGAGCUUGAAUACAAGGCUGCAUGGGCAGUCAAGCUACUGAAUUUCGACAUCAAGCCAGCAACCGAGAGACGCAUGAUCCAGAUUCAUGAACUGGAGGAGAUAAGGCACCUCGCCUAUGAAAGCUCCAAAAUCUACAAAGAGAAAACCAAGGCCUACCAUGACAAGAGGAUCAUUGCCAGACAAUUCGAACCAAACGAUAAGGUCUUGCUUUUCAAUUCGAGGCUGAGAUUAUUCCCAGGGAAGUUGAAGUCUAGAUGGUCCGGGCCUUUCACUGUUAAGGAAGUUCGACCCUACGGAGCAGUUGUGUUAUUAGACAAAAAAGGGGACGAGUUUGUAGUGAAUGGACAGCGCGUCAAGCACUACCUUGCUGACUCCACUAUCGCAGAGGGAGAAGAAAUUCCCCUAAGCGAGCCCCCAUCAGCCUGA